UUUCGGAAAGAUUGUCCUUAUGCGGUUUCCGUGCCCACGUUGACUAGCAUAACAGGCAAACGUGAAAUAUGUUUUCAUAUUUAUUUGUACAUAUUUAAAAGAAAAUGUUGUUAUUGCAGACCGUACAGGUACGUUAUUAUUAUAUUUUUUUAUAUUUUCUUCGUAUUUUCGAUACUUUUAAUACUUAACGCUAAAAUUAUUUUAGCAUGCUAACUGCGCUACAUAUAACAGGAACGUAUGCACCUCAAAUGCUUUGCUUUCAUUUACAAUCGUGUUUUUUCAACAGCAUUAGAAGGUUUGGAGAAACAGAGACGAGACAUAUCCUGCACAACUGUAGUAAAGUUCAUCUCUAUCGCACAAACAUGUUUCCAGAAUUGAACAGUAUUCUCAAUUCCACUCCAGACAGUUUCAAAUCGAGUGACUUUAUCCUAGUGUCAGACAGACGAGCUGAUGCAUCAUUCCUUAUUCAUCACUAUCUGUCUUUCUAUUUACGUGCUGGCUGUAAGGUGUGUUUUCUGGGUCUUGUGCAGUCCUUCAGUCACUACAGUGCUGUUGGGCAGAGGCUGGGAGUGAGUCUGGCACAGGCAAGAGAGAAGGGUCAGCUCGUGUUUCUUGAAGGACUGAAGGAUUCUUUUGGAGUUUUAUUACAGGACACCAGUCAGGAGACACAACCUUUGAGUUACCUCAGGUCCCCAGGUGCUGGACUGGAAGGUCUGUUCAGAUUCGUGGAGCGUUCUGUGCGUCAGAGUGGAGAUGGUGAUGCUGGUGAAUCAUGGGGUCCUCCAGUGUUACUCAUAGAUGAUCUCAGUGUGCUCCUGAGUUUAGGUGUUAGUGUUGGAGCAAUACUAGACUUUACCCUCUACUGCCAAGCCACCAUGUGCUCGGAGUUACAGGGAAAUAUGGUAAUUCUGGUGAGAUGUGAGGAGGAGGAUGCAGAUGAUGAUGAAGGAUCAAACCUGCUUCAGAGGGGACUAGUUCAUCAGUGUAACUUGGCUUUACUUAUAGAGGGGUUACCCACGGGCUACUGCAGGGACAUACAUGGACAGAUGGAGGUUUGGUGGAGACCGAGAGGAGAGACCAUCUACAAUCAACGAAAAAUAUUUCACUUUAAAGUCCACGAUAAAGGAGCAUCGUUUUUUGCUCGAGGGACUUCUAGUGCUGUUCUCUAAGUUUUCAAAUGAAUAUAUAAGUUUUCAUAUUGAAUCUCUUACUGAACUAAUGUCAUCAUUUAGUUUGUUUUAUAUUAAUACAUAUAUUUAAUACAUCACCAGUUGCCGUUGAUUUAUUCACUUGUUAUUACUUGCUGAGAUAACUUGUGUACAAAUAUAAUGGGUGCUUGUAAAAGUACCAACAUGUACAUCAAGAGCUGGAACAAUGAUGCUAGUUGAUGUCAUUGUUUAAAGAGACAUAAAAACAAAUAAGAGCUCAAGGAAAAUCCAUUCUUAGGUUGGGAAUAUUUGAAAAUAAUAUUUGAUUUCACUGAAUACAAGUUCACCAUACAUUUGAAGAUAGACUCGCAAGUUUUUAUUUUUCUCCUUGAAGAAUAGAGACCAUGAGAAUCUGAAUGAUAGUUUCUUAAAGGUACAUUAUGAGAUUCUCUGUAGACUAAUCAGUGGUUAAUUUAUAAAUAACCUUGAAAUAUUAUACUUUAAGAAUAUAUUUGUAGAUUGUAAAAUAAUUAACAUUAUCCUGUUAUGUUAAGUUGUCGCAGAGGGCGCUGUGGUGCUUUUUUUCAGUAUUGUGAUUAAAACACUUUCUUUAUGU